AUGGGUUCAAAAUGCUUAUUCUCCUCUCUCCUGAUCUUGUUAGCUUGGAUCAUCACCUUUCCUAUAUGCCCAACAACUGGAGCAUCAUUAGCUAAGCCAGGAUGCAGUGAUUCCUGUGGCAAUGUUCUCAUCCCCUACCCAUUCGGGCUAAGUCGUCGCUGCGCUGUCAAUCAAUCAUACAUCAUAAUUUGCAAUUCUUCCAAGCCAUAUCUAAGCAACCUCAAUCUUGAAGUGUUGAACAUAUCGUUAGAAAACCAAACAGUCACAGUAAAUUCCUCGUUAGCUAGUUUUUGCAACGCUGAUCAAGCCCAGAGAAAUGGUAGCAGCACCAGCUGGAUUAGCUCCGAUCUUGCCGGAACCCCUUUCUUCUACUCACAAAUAUACAACAAAAUGAUGCUUUUUGGGUGUGGAAAUGCUGUACUAAAUCAAGCAGACAACAAGAUCUUGUCCGGUUGCACGUCCACUUGUGAAUUCAACGCUUCUGAUCUAGCAACUUAUAGUUCAUCGAGGUGUUAUGGGGUGAAUUGUUGUGAAACAAUAAUUCCUUUCUACCUCUCAAAAUACAAUCUGAAUUUCAGGGGUUCAAGAUUCAACAGAUCAGGACAGUGCUCAACUACGUUUUUGGUGGAUCAAAACUGGUUACCAGAGAAAUUUUCAGAAUCCUUGCAAUUUAUUCCGGUUGUUUUGGCCUGGACUCUAUCACAAGCUGAUGCGACCGCCGUUGUUAAUUGUACUUACGUCAGUGGCUCUUUUUACUUGGAUUCCGGGGAACAUGUGGAAAAUUUUGUAUGUGCAUUUUGCGGCUCAGAUAUCAAUCCAUACCUACAAUCAGAAUGCGGCAGCCCUAGAUUUAUGACGAACGUGAAAGCAGCUGGACUUAUUGGUGUUUUUAUAAGCAUAGGUGUUUUAUUUCUCAUAGCUGCUAGUUUUGCCGUGUACAAACUAGUAAAGAGAAGAAGAAACAAAAGGAUCAGGGAUAAGUUUUUUAAAAGAAAUGGAGGUCUUUUAUUACAGCAGCAAUUAUCUGCUGAUGAUAGUGUCAUUAAAAGAACAAGGAUUUUCAAAGAAAAUGAGUUGGCCAAGGCCAGUGACCAAUUCAGUGAAGAUCGAAUACUUGGAAGAGGCGGGCAAGGAACAGUUUACAAAGGAAUGCUAACCGAUGGAAAAAUUGUGGCAAUCAAAAGGUCAAUGAAGGUGGAUGAAAGCCAGUUAGAACCAUUCAUCAAUGAGGUUGUCAUUCUUUCACAAGUCAAUCACAGGAAUGUGGUAAAACUACUAGGUUGUUGCUUAGAGACAGAAGUACCUCUAUUGGUAUAUGAAUUCAUCCCUAAUGGAACGCUCUCUAGCCUCAUUCAUAAUCAUAUCGAUGAUGAGUUUCCCUUCACUUGGAACUUCAGAUUAAGAAUAGCAGGUGAAAUAGCAGAAGCUUUGGCAUAUCUACACUCGGCAAUCUCAAUUCCUAUCUACCAUCGAGAUAUCAAGUCAAGCAACAUACUUCUGGAUGAAAAGUACAUAGCCAAGGUAUCGGAUUUUGGAACUUCAAGAUCCAUCGGAGCUGAUAAAACUCAUCUAACUACACUCGUUAAAGGAACUUUUGGCUACUUGGAUCCGGAAUACUUUCAGUCAAGCCAAUUUACAGAGAAAAGCGAUGUCUAUAGUUUUGGGGUUGUUCUUGUUGAGCUCUUGACAAGAAAAAAGCCCAUAUCAUCGUCUGAAUCAGAAGAAGAUGGUAACUUAAAUUUGGCCACAAGUUUUUCAACGAUGAUGGAUGAAAAUCGUCUUGACAGUAUUCUUGAUUGUCAACUUCUAGAUGAGAGCAUUAAGGAAGAGGUUAUUUCUGUUGCUAAACUGGCUCAAAGAUGCCUAGAUUCAAAUGGAAAAAACAGGCCAACUAUGAAGGAAGUAGCCAUUGAGUUGGAAAACAUUAGAAGGGCGGCAAAUGGUUCAACUGUUCACAGCCAAUUGUUCGAGAAAGGAGAGUGUGAAUCUGUUUUUUCAGCUGAUACUAAAACUUCGUGAACAACCGAAAAUGAUAGCAAUAGGUUAGUUCCAGAUGCCUGUCCACUAUUGCUAUGUGAUACA